AUGCCGCGCCUCCGACAGCCAAAGCGACAUUUCACCACGACAUUAGUCGUCCAGAAGGAAGAAAACUCCACGUCCACCUCCGCCGCGGAGCCGCGAUCGACGCUCUACACCUUCACAGACAUGCAGACCCUCACAUCCCGCCCGGACCCAAAACGGGUCGUAAUCGACGUCCGCGAACCCUCCGAGUUAAAAUCCACGGGGAAGAUCCCCGGCGCGCACAACCUCCCUAUCAAGUCCGCGGCCGACGGCUUCUUUCUAGGCCCCGAGGAGUUCGAAGAAAGAUUUGGCUGGGAGAAACCCUCGCCGAAGGAUGAGGUCAUAUUCUAUUGUAGGGCAGGGGUGAGAAGCCGGGCGGCGGCGAGAUUGGCUGGGCAGGCUGCAUUUGGCGGCAAGAUCAGCGAAUUUCCUGGAAGCUGGAUUGAAUGGGAGGAGAAAGGCGGAGAGGUGGAAAAGGUGUAA